GGCAACUCGGCGCAUCGGCUGUCAUUCAGAGUCAGUCGCCGCAUAGCACCUCGACUCGCCCGAACUUUGCUCUGCGCUCCUCUCACUCUGCGCGGCACGACUGCGCGGUAGCAUAAUUUUUUAAAUGUAUACCGAUAACCGUGUGACUAAUUUAUUUAUUUUAAAGUAAAUUAAUUAAUUUUAAAAUAGGAUCUCUAUUUUACAUAUUUUUUAUCAGUACGUUUGCCACUUUCCUUCACUUUCUCUGCGUUGACGUUGUUUACGCGUGAGUCAGGUUAACUUUGCUGUCAGUGAUUCGUAUUGUUGUUUUGACAUUUGGUGUUAUCUCACGGUAAUCGUACUGUUUUGACUUAAUAUCGUAAAUUAAUAAUAAAAUCGUAGGCAGCGAAGGAUUGGUGUGUGUAGUGAUUUUAAGUGGGUUUAGAGAUGCGAGGAACAAAGUGAUAUUCUUUAUGUGAUCUGGUUUUGGCGACUGUGGUCUUGAUAACGCCAGUUUAGACUGCAAUGUUUUGUGCUUGUGAUUUUUAAAGGAUUUAUUUUUACUGGGAAUUGAAUAAGUCGACAGAUCAGAUUAUACAUAAUUGGGAUGCGCUGCUUUAAUUAUAAGUAGAAAUGCUGUUGAGGAAUCGGAGUUGCAUUGUGUAAUGACGCAGCUCUGAAGAUGACGUGGGACACGAUGAGCCUGCUGGGGGUGGGGCGGCACUUCGCCGGCGUGGGGCGGCUGCGGCGCGCGCUGUUGCUGCUCGCUGCCGCCGCUUGCACUGCCGCUGCCCUGCUCUAUUGGCGGCAGCAGAGUGAUGAGAACACGCAUAGGCCGCUGCAUUCUACGUACACAGGCGGCGAACCACAAUGGAGUUGGAUCUGCAGAAACGACCGAUGCGAGCGCUUACAGGCAUCAGAGACGACCACGCUACAAUCGCUAGUAACAUGCAACAUGCUCUGCGCGUCAACACAACUGUGGCCACAACCCACCGGGCCAGUCAGCCUGGCGACAGGCGCUGUUCCUGUCCGUGCUGACUCCUUCUCACUUCAUGUAGUUGCAUCCCCAUCGCCUGACGUCACCGAUCAUUUAAGCGACGCGUUCGCGUUAACAAAGGAGGAUAUGAGAAAUCUUGAGCGAAGCGUCAGUAGCUCGCGUCGAGACGAUGUUGGUACACCGCGAACAGUACGCGUAAGAGUCUUCGUCAAUGGCUCCGGGGACCCACGACUUCGAUUAGACACUGACGAAAGCUACAAGCUUUCUUUAGGCUUUGAUAGACAAGAACUUGUGGCUAAUAUCACAGCGCAGUCCUUCUGCGGCGCACGACACGGCUUCGAAACGCUUUCGCAACUAGUCUGGGCAGACCCUUACGCCGGAUCACUACUUAUAUUGACAGCAGCUGUAAUAGAUGAUGCACCAAGGUUUAAAUUUAGAGGAUUUUUGUUAGAUACUGCUCGAAACUUUUUUCCUGUGAGUGAGCUGCUUCGCACAAUCGAUGCUAUGGGCGCAAAUAAGCUGAAUACUUUCCACUGGCACGCUAGUGAUUCGCAAGCGUUUCCACUCCAACUUGAAAGUGCGCCUCAACUGGCAGCGCACGGCGCAUACGGUGCAGGAGCGAUAUAUACCACUGAUGAGAUACGAGCGGUAGUUCGGCGGGCGCGCCUACGCGGUAUAAGAGUUUUAUUAGAAGUUGACACCCCAGCGCAUGUGGGACGAGCCUGGAGUUGGGGUACCAGCGCUGGACUCGGCCAGCUCGCAUAUUGUGUUGAAGCCGAACCGUGGAGCGUGUACUGCGGAGAACCGCCGUGCGGUCAGCUGAACCCUAAAAACCCACACGUUUAUGCCUUACUGGAGAAGAUUUAUGCAGAAAUUAUCACAUUAACUGGGGUGGAUGAUAUCUUCCAUCUUGGUGGAGAUGAGGUGUCAGAACGCUGCUGGUCGCAGCACUUCAACGACUCAGACCCAAUGGAAUUAUGGCUUGAGUUCACCCGACGAGCUUACCGAGCGCUGGAGAAAGCCAACAGAGGCAAAGCACCAGAAUUGACCUUGCUAUGGUCUUCUCGGCUUACACGCUCACCUUAUUUAGAACGGCUAGACUCGAAGCGUAUCGGCGUGCAAGUGUGGGGAGCGUCGCGAUGGCCCGAAUCCCGUGCGGUGUUAGAUGCAGGUUUCCGCUCAGUUAUAUCGCACGUGGACGCAUGGUACUUGGACUGCGGAUUCGGAUCUUGGCGAGACAGUUCGGACGGCCAUUGUGGGCCGUACCGUUCGUGGCAGCAGGUGUACGAGCACCGGCCGUGGAUAGAGGAGGGCGGAGGGGGAGGGGUGUCUAGUGCCGGCGAGCAGGUGCUGCCGUGGCGGAUAGAGGGCGGGGCGGCGUGUCAAUGGACUGAGCAACUGGGACCAGGCGGCUUAGACCCGCGAGUGUGGCCGAGAACGUCGGCGCUAGCUGAGCGACUGUGGUCAGAUCGCGGCGCGGGAGCAGAAGCAGAUGUAUACCUACGUUUAGACACGCAGCGCUCGCGCAUGGUGGCUCGGGGAGUGAACGCGGCGCCGCUGUGGCCUCGCUGGUGUACCCAGAACCCUCACGCGUGCCUCUAGCUAGUGCCGACGUACGACUAUUGCGAUAUCUUAGUCAAUGCCUCGACUAUUCCGUUGUUAUAUCUACCCGACGAUGCCACAAACAGUUCGACUAUAACUUUAACGCCAUCGAUGGCUUAGGAAAUCAUGUAAACUGACUUAUACAGACACGAUCAGGUUAAAUGUUAUGUUUCGUUUUAAUAUACAAUCAAGAUAGAAUUUUGGUUAUGAUGAAAUCUGCAGGUUAGAGUUCAGCGAGGCCGCUUUUUGUACAUAAUAAUCUUAGGAUAAGUAGAUAACCUUAGCAAUAUAGUUACAUAAUCAAAUAGGUAGGUAAAUAAUCGUUGAAAGUUAGAUCUUUGUAUUGGUGUUAAAUAAAAGUUGAUACGUUAAUGUCGCUUAACAAAUGGUACAUAUUUUGCAUUUAACUAAGUUUGCCUCGGCAUGGAAUUUUUAUACAAACCUGAGGCAAACUUAUGUUAAAUGAAAACAUUCUAAUGAAAUACACCGUGGCAAUUUAAUAUCUAUACAGCUAGGUUAGAUGUUGUAAGGGAGCUUCCAGCAAUGCUAGGUUUGCCUAGUAAGUCCAGAACCAACUUGGAAAAUCAAACCUCAGAACUUGAUAUUGCCAAAACGGAGAUUUUUAGAGUAGAGUUACCAUUAAUAAUGAAACCGUGGAGAUAGUAUGGAUAGUAUUCCUUGGAUAUACUACGACGGUUGACCUUGUUGCUUUUAUAAUUGACUAGGCAAACUUUGAGGUGCCGUAACUUCAGAUUUUGCCUACAACAUCAUAUGAGGUUAGUUGGGGAAAUUGCAUCCAUAGGUGCAACAACGUCUACUAGAUACAUCCGUAAAUAAAGGGUUAACCCUUUGACCGCCAAAGACGUCGACAAUCACGCGCAACUACAGUCCAAUUUCAACCUUCGUGCAUAACGACAAGGUUCACAGUGACGCGCCGCACACGAUAAUCGGUGCGUUCAAGCAGGUUAAAGCCUCUUUCACGCGGGUCUUCUAUUUGCACCUUUGGGAGAAAUUGCCCCUGCUGGUCAUAUUUAUAACAAUCUUAUUAAGCUAUUGAAAAUAAGCUUUGAGCCAAGAUGUGUAUUCAAACUGCCAACUCGUACCUACUCAUUAGAUUAUGGCUUUAGAUGGUGUAAGAAUCGUUGUCAAUUUAUACGUCACACGGGUGGAACAGUCGACGUCAAAUGUGUUCACGUUUUCGGACCUUAAACUAUUCAACUCUUAGCAUCACAUACGAGUAAGUCCUAUCACACAAUUAUGAUCGAAAAUGAUACGUUUCUAUCGAUGAUAACUAAUUUUGACGAUUACUGUAGCUUAGACGAUGGGUUCGAAACAGAAGCACCUUUAUGAUCUGUGAUAGAUAGGAACAAAAUGUGUUUCUAAAUCUAAUCUAAAAUCUAAAAAGUAAUCCCUUAGAGUGGCAGGCCGUCGACUCCCGACCGAUUAUGUCAUUUAAAUUUCAAAUUUGAUUAAUUUAAAUAAAAUAAAAAUUCCAAUAACUCAAAAACGACACAUGCCACUUGAAGAGAUAAAUUUAAUGUUCUGUGUACAAAGUAAAUCUGUGUAAGUAUAAUGUCGUCGUAUUUUCUAUGUACAGUAGGUAAGCAUCACAAGUAACGGAUCAGAAUACGCGUCUAAAUUAUUCUCUGAUACCUAAACAAAAAUAUGUAUGCCUCUAUAUGUACCUAGAUAUAACAUAUAACAUUUGGAAAAUAAUUCCAGAGGGGCAGAUGCAUUUGGAGCUUUGUUUCACCGCUACUUUUGAUGCUGACUGUACUAGUAAUACGAAUACGUAAUACUGUACUAGUAAUACGAAUACGUAAUACUGUACUAGUAAUACGGAUACGUAAUACUGUACUAGUAAUACGAAUACGUAAUACUGUACUAGUAAUACGAAUACGUAAUACUGUACUAGUAAUACGGAUACGUAAUACUGUACUAGUAAUACGAAUACGUAAUACUGUACUAGCAAUACGGAUACGUAAUACUGUACUAGUAAUACGAAUACGUAAUACUGUACUAGUAAUACGAAUACGUAAUACUGUACUAGUAAUACGAUUAAGACUUGGGGUCUGAGGCGUAAAAAACAUUUGAUAAAAUAUACACUAUAACAAGAGAGUUAACAUUAGCCAAAACUGCAUAUUUGUGUGUUCUCAUAAUAACAUAAAUUAUCGGUAGGUACCUCUUUCUGUUAAUAAUUUAUACCAUGUACAAAACUAGAGUAGCUAUUUAAAUAAACUGAAGCGUUUAAUGGGUGUUACCUGAAGUAAAUAUUUUGUUAUUAAUAAUUUAAAACCAUAUUCUAAGGUGGAAUUUAGUUACUUAGGGGAUUUUCUAAAAUAUUGAUAUUGUAUUCAUCAAAUGGAUUAAAUAGUUUUUUGGAUGAAAUCUCAUUUCAUUAUCCAAAAUUGGGAAAUCAUAAUUUAUAUUUCUUCUUGGCAUUACUUCGGUUAUUGGUCUUUUAAUACAAUGCUUUAUUUUAUGUUGGACAUAUUUUGUUUAAGAUCACGUAUGGAAAUAUUAUAUUUAAUUAAGAGGUGUUGUGUUUCUCGAAAUAUACGCGGUCAAAGUGGCUAGAUCGAUUUGUAUCAAAUGUAUUGUUGCCAAGUUUUCAUUGUUACGUUAGCAUUCUCUCCGUCGAGAACUCCAUAAGGGAGGUAGAGCUUCUUUAUCUUAAGGAUUUAGGAAAAAACGUACUAAAUCUCCUUAAGCGUUUUACUUUCCUUACUUAAUUCAGUAACUGACGACAGGGACGCAGCUAUACGUUGUAUUACUGUGUCCCUGUCAUCAGUUACUGAAUUGAGUAAGGCGUGUGAAAGCGCUUGAAUGUUGUCUUUUUAUGAAAGACAAAAAAACCUUCCUUAACGAAUUCUUGGUAGCGAAAGUGUCAAAAAUAACCCCUUUAACAAAAUGCGAAAUAUGACAGCAAAAAUCACAAUUUUAGGCUUUACUGUUGGCACCUAUUAAUGAAGAGAAUAAGACUACCGGUUAAAUUAUUCUUUGUAUUUACCUGUGGUUGAUAAGCUUGUUUCUUAAGAAACUAUUGAAUGUUCACAAAAAGUUACUUAGUUAAUACUUUUAUAUUUCUGGAUUAUUUGAGAAUGUCUAGAGCCAGACCAAGUUAAACUCUACACAGACUGUCGUCAUGACAAAGUGUGACAGUGUCAACAUAAACGUCAAAUUUCCAAAAAAAUAUGUCGUUUAUUAUGGCAUUCCACAUUUUACCACGCCUUAUACUCUGUUUGUGUUAUUUAGGUAUUUAAAUAAAAGUAAACAAAAUCUACCAUCAAAUGGCUCCUUAAGCCACGUGAGGGUAGAUGGAAACAUUACAUGAUCAAAUAAUGUAGGUUAAAGUCAGAUCGUUCAGUGACAGAUCCAGGCGGUUUUGUAUUUGGUUGGUGGACAAUAAUUGUUAUGUCUACCCGAAAAGGUACAAAUUGUUUGUUUACUUUUUUAAAUACCUAAGGAUACAGGGUAUAGUUGGUGUCGAGUUAGCUCAGCCUGACUUAAUAAAAAGUUAUUAUAGAAAUAUUCUUUAUAGGUAUCAUUUAUCAUAAUAAUUUGCUGCUAAAAUUAAUAAGCGUAUCUUAGCUUAGCUUAUUUUUUUGUACGUGUACAUAAUGUUUACUAAUUAGGUAUAUUGUUUUGUUAAUACGGUGUAGUGAAUGUAGUUGAGUGAAAUAGAACAUGUUAAUUUACUUGUGGCCCAUCGUUUACUUUAGGUAUGGUAGCUAAUAAAUAACAUGCAUCCCUUUCUAAGUGCAUUGUAUGGGUAAGAGAGACAGGGAGGAUUGUUACCUACAAAACAUGAGAAUGUGUGGUUUUGAAAUUACCAUAGAGUUUUUAUACUUAUAAUAAAGUGUCAAACUUUUACACUACAUGGCAGCCCAUGACAUGCUGCAUUGAACACAAGAACAGGCGUUAAAUAAAUCUUUUUUAUGUGUAUUUUGCGUUCUAAAGCUAUCGUUUUUUCCAAAUAAAACAGAGAUAUAAUUAAAAUAAAUUCGAUUACAGACAUAUCCUGUAAAAUGGAUCCAUUGAUUUGUAUAAAUUGGCUGAGUAUAUAGAAAGCCAUACAGAUUUUGUUUGACUUAAGGACUACAUUUUACAAGUACACUUGGUAAUGAAACAGACGUCAGGUCAAUGCGGCCAAAUUUUGUUUCAAACAAUCGAUAAGGAGCGAUUGCUUUUAGUUCUAGCGGUCAAAAGCCCCUAGUGUUCUGUACGGAAUUUCCCGCUGACAUAUGUAUAUGGCCGCAUUAACUGUGGAAGGUAGAGGACUCUACCCUUCAUAGCAUUGACUUAACUCUUCAUAAUUGACGCCCCGAUCAUUGACAUUUAUAAAUUACGUACUUCUUUUCACAGAGUGAGGUUUUUUUUUACUUUACUACCUAUCCUCUUUGACAUCUAAUGAUUAGUAAGACGAUGAAAAAUAUAAAUAAUAAUUGUAUAUACUCACUAGGAAAUCACGCCUAACAUACAAAUGGCCACGUUUAUACUGUAUAGAUCUAAUGAAUGAGUUACAAUGACAUGAAAUCUUAUCACAAUUAGCUAAGAAUAGGAUUAAGUAGGUAAAUAAAUGUAGACAACCAACCAAUCAAUUCUCAGGGCCUUGACUUGGCAGGAUGGUAUCGGUACAACAUUAGUACAGUCCGCAUCAAUAUUAGCGCAUAAAACAACUCGUUUAACUCAGGUAUUAGUUGGAUAUGCCAUCCGCUAUUAGUUUAACAAAUACAGCUAUAUUUCUACGGUUCGCGGUCAAAAGUAUCGGUCACGUUCUAUUUGAGAGGUAGAUAUUUUUGACGCCGCUAUGCGCUACGGCUGAUGCUUACUGAUCUGGCCUAGUCAAGAUGACAAUCGAAACUAAAUCGACCAUAGACAUCGUGAGGAAACCGGACUAAUCCCAACAAGGCCUAGUUUACCCUCUGGGUUGGAAGGUCAGAUGGCAGUCGCUUUCGUAAAAACUAGUGCCUACGCCAUAUCUUGGGAUUAGAUGUCAAGCGGACCCCAGGCAAAAUGCCGGGACAACGCGAGGAAGAAGAUUGUCAUAUUGGCUAGGUCCCCUAAUUGGUGCACCGCUCUUGGGCCUCACUGCGUAUGGAUACUGUACUGACAAGUCAGAAGGGCCUUAUACUGUUGUGGGAUUAUGAAAAUCAUAUAUAUUAUGUUGUUUUGGCGUUACGCUAGCUGAAGUCGCAUUGCACAAACUUUUGCAUUAAUGUAUAAUUAUUAUUGUUGAAUAUUAUUUUUGUUAAUGUAGCCAGAGACAAGAAAUAAUAAAGAUGCCAUCAUCAUUCCGUAAUUCCGUAUCACAUUGGCGUGGCCAAUAGAUGACGCUACUCAAAAUACUGAAUGAUUAUGUAAGCGGAAAGCAAAGAGCAUAUAAUCACUAGCGGAAAGCUCUCACAUGCCAAUCACCCACGAUUAAACAAAGACAGAAAUUCAGAACAAUAUUAACAUUUGUGGUUACAAUAAUUUCGCUGUAUUACGAGUCAUAUGCGUACCUAACUCAUACGAGCUGAAUUUAUUAGUAAAUCUAUUUCCGUACGGAAAAAUAUAUGGUCAAUUUAGUGAGUGACAUUCAGACUCUGAAAUUCUGAUGAAUUCAGCUCGUAUGUGGCGCGCCUUAGUAUUCCUUAGUAGGGAAUCUUUAUCUGUGGUUGCACUAGCUCAUAUUAAAAGGUAGACAGGACAAGUGUUAUUAUUUCUGUCUCUGGUUUAAUGCUCUAUUAUUUUUCUCAGAUGACUAUUUAUUUUAUUUCCCGUCAAUCAUACAUUUCCCUAUAUUUUAAUUAGCCUUACCGUGCCCGUGUCUAAUUAUGUAGCAAUAAUAUCAUAUGGGCGUACCUAUUUAUUUUUGCGAAUAGGUUCUUUUGUAAAUGAAUAAGAUGAGAUUAUUUUAUUUAUUUUGAAGUAGUUUCGUAAUUUUACAUCUAUUUACCUAAUUUAUGGAUGUGAUCAAUGAACAGGCACAAUUUUGUACAUUUGUAUGUAAUGUUUGGUGCUAAAGUGAUUUUUGUGGUGUACUUCAAUGAAAUAAAAAUUAAAAAUUAA